AUGCAGUUCCUCCCCCGGGGAUCGAGGGAGGGCUUACGAGUGCGGAGACGGGCGAGGCAACUUCGGCGUCGCAUGCAGUGCACUCUUCGCGAGUUCCUGCCGGCUCCCAUCGAGCGGUGGCUGGAGUCGAACACGCUCUUCGUGCUUGAGGCCGCUGAGGAACAAGGGCGCGAGCUCGAGCUGGCGCAGGGGCUCCCCUGCAUGCGGACAGCAAUGCAGGAGACCCGGCAACGCAUGAAGACCACUUCGCAGGCCGCGCGCCACAAGGCCCUCCUGGCGGGCCGCCCGCGGGCCCCAGCUGCUGCUUUCAUGCGACGCCGCCUGGAUCAUUGGGACAUUGACGUGGUUCCAGGAGCGCGGGUUCAGCGAUUUCGGUCGCACAUGGAGGCGCUGAGUGCGUUCGUGCCGCCCUGUGUCAUGGCCGCGGGCCUGCGCUCAGCCUUCAACGGUUGGGUCACCACGCGGCGCUUCCAGCAGGUCGGGCGCUGCGCCUUUGGCUAUGCCCAGGGCAUGGGCAUCAUCAGGCACUACGCCCACUGCAGCUACUACCACCGGUGGAGUGAGGUGUCGCAGCGCUCCCUGCAGCCGCUGCAGCUGGUGGUGCAGUUUGUGAGGGUAUCUACCGACGCCAAGGUGGUGCGGCUCGACGACUGCAACCUCCAGGGGACCACGCACGACAAGGAGAGACGACAAGAUAGAGCAGGAGGUGAUCAGGCUGGUGAAGAAGUUCGGCGCUGGCAAGGAGGCCCGGUACGCCCGGGAGGUGUCCCUCGUGGGGAAUAAAUUCGAGGCGGAGUUUGCGAAAAAGGUCAUAGAGGCGCGCCCUGAGCGUUGGGACCCGCCCGGCGCAGACGGAGCGGAAGGAGGCGGAGGACGGAGGAGGAGCGGCUUCAGCGCUGUGGCGAAGAGCUAGACGACGGACUGCCGCUCGAGGAAGAUAUUCGGCACCCUGUUGCAGCCUGAGGCUCUUCCGUGCCGUGGCGAAGAGCUAGACGACAGAGUGCCGUUCGAAGAAGAGCUUCGGCACUCUUUGGGGUGCCCUUCUGUGCCCACGUGGCGAAGAGGGUGAAGGGC